AUGGAGAAGAAAAUGAUGGAGGCAAUGGAGCAGAAAAUGCAGGAGAUGCGAGAAGAACAUAAGAUUGAAAUGAUGCAGCUCUCGCAAUCUAUUGCUGCACUUAAUUUGCAGAAUCAAAGGAAUAAGGAAAUGGAGACUGGUGAAGGUAGUAAUAGAGCUAAUCGGUAUGAAAAUGGAACCGAUUGGGGAAGAUCUAAGCGCUAUGAAUUUCCAAAGUUUGACGGUGACGGCUAUGAAGGAUGGAUGAUGCAAGCUGAGUAUUUCUUCCAAGUAGCUAAAGUACCAGAGGAAGAGAAGGUUAGGGUGGCUGCAAUCCACCUAGAAGGAAAGGCAUUACAGUGGCAUCGAGGUUUUGAGAGCUUACAUGGAGAUAUGGCGUAUGCGGAUUGGUCGUGCUAUAGCUCCUCCUUGGCUGCUCGCUUUGGUGCUCACGCAUAUGAAGAUCCAUUGGCUGAUCUCAGGAACCUCAAACAAAAAGGUACGCUACAAGAUUACAUGGAUACUUUUGAUGAAUUAUAUCCUAGAGCUGGAAUUAGAGAGGAUCAAGCCUUGAGCUUCUUUUUAUCUGGAUUAAUUGAUGAGCUACAAAUGCCUGUGCGUAUGUUUAGACCUAAGGCAUUAUCUGAAGCUUACUCUCUAGCUAAACUACAAGAGCUGACUGUAAGAGCUUUAGAUGUUAAGACUAAGAUGAAUCAGAGCCAAGUUCAGUCGAGCAGUAGCUACUACUCCAAUAGUAAACCUAUGUCUGUGACUGCUACUAAUAAGGUUGGAACCUUGAGUAAUUGGAGUGGAGGUAAUAAGGAUGGUAAUAAGUAUGGAGGAGUUAGAGCUAGUGCAAACUUAACUCCUAAAGAAAUGGAUGAGAAGAGAGCAAGAAAAGAAUGCUUUUGGUGCACUGAGAAGUUUACUCCAAAUCAUCAGUGCAGCAAAAGGAAAUCGUAUGUGGUGCAGCUGCUUGAAGUAGGAGAGGCAGAGGAGAAGGCAGAAGAGGAAAGUGAUGAAGAAGAGACAGAGGAGAAGUCUGAGCUGCAACUCUCCUUACAUGCUGUGUGGGGAAAAGAUGGACCUCAAGUUAUGAGGAUUCGAGGAAAAUGUCAAAAGAAAGUCUUAAGAAUAUUGAUAGACACUGGAAGCACUCAUAAUUUUUUAAGUGCUAGGGUGGCACAAAAGCUUAAUUGCCAGUUGCUUCCCGUUAAUUCAAGAGCUGUGGAAGUAGCUAAUGGGCAGAUCCUACAGUGCAAUCAGAAGUGUAGUAGAUUGCAGUGGGAGAUGCAGGGAUCAAAAUUCCAAGGGGAAGUUUAUCUCAUAACUCUAGAAACAUAUGAUCUCAUACUAGGUGGGGAUGUUAGGAUUGAUGUGAAUGAGAGGAAAUGGAAUCAGUGGAUACCCUCAGUAGGAGUGGAUGCAGGCUUCUGCUAUGAGAUUAGUGUGGAGGAAAUUUGGCCGAAUCUUAAUUUGAUUCUUAAGGAAUUUGCUGAUAUAUUUGAGGAACCUAGAACACUGCCUCUACAAAGAAAGCAAGAUCACAAAAUUAUUUUAAAGGAAGGUGCUGAUGCAGUUAAUAUGAGGCCUUAUAAGUAUGCUGCACACCAAAAAGAUAUCAUUGAAACUAUGAUAGAUGAGAUGCUUAAAGCUAGAAUCAUCAGGCACAGUGAGAGCUCCUUUGCAAGUUCUAUUGUGCUAGUAAAGAAGAAGGACUCAUCUUGGAGAAUGUGUGUUGACUACAGAGCCUUGAAUGCCAUAACUGUUAAGGAUAAGUAUCCUAUUCCUGUGAUUGAAGAGCUAUUAGAUGAGUUGGGAAGAGCAGCCUGGUUCUAUUGUUACGACCUUUCCCCGCAACUUCCCUAUCUUAGCUCGCAGGCACUCGAGCUCAGCGAUAUUACGCGAUUUCAACACUUGAAUGAUCAAAGAGGAACGUUUUUAUUGAAUGAACAAUGA